CUUCGAGAGCAUUAGUUUUGAAGAACUCAUCAUGGAAGUAAGACGUGUCGAUUGUACUCUGCCAACAUAUGAUCAGUCGUGUGGUGCUCCUCCCAAACCCUUGUGUUCUUCAUUUCUCAACGAUGCUCUCAAGGAUCCCAUAUUGAUAUUUAUCACAAUUGCCGUUGUCAUCGGUUCCUUUUGUCUGUUAAGUGGCCUGUUCCUGUUGUGUUUAGUCUCGAAGACAAUACAGGAUGAGACAUCGGAAGCAAUUUUGUUAAUAGGCAUUGGAUUCUUUAUAUCAUCGGUGGCAUGUGUGUCCUGGAAAUUAACAACACGACGACAAAUCGCGCAUUUCAUUGAGGCCAUUAAAGAGGAGACAGUUUGAAAUAAUGGCGACCGGCCGGCAGUGGCCUAAAAAUCUAGUUUUUUUUUUAAGUAGUCAUAUUGUACAGCUAUAAAUUAAUAAUUUUGUUCCUAUUUAUUUAUUUAUUUAUAAAUAACCACAAUAAAAUAAUGUUGUAUGUAGAAAAAAUUAUAUGAAAUUAAAUAUAUGUUUUUAUGGA